CCGGGCCCUGCGGCCACCGUGGCCAGGGCGGCGCAGCGCGGCGAGCUGACGUCAGGACGGGGCUGGCGCUGGCCGCUGGUGGAACGGGGCCGGCAGCGGGAGCGGGGCUGGCAGCGGCAGGUUACUCAACAAUGGCAUUUGUGAAGAGCGGAUGGCUGCUCCGGCAAAGUACUAUUUUACGGCGCUGGAAGAAGAACUGGUUUGAUCUUUGGUCUGAUGGCCGCUUAGUAUUCUAUGAUGACCAAAAUCGCCACGACAUUGAAGAUAAAAUCCACAUGCGAAUCCAUUGCAUCAACCUCAGAGUGGGGAAUGAAUGUCGAGAUUUCCAGCCUCCAGAAGGGAAACAGAGAGACUGUUUACUGCAGAUUGUUUGUCGUGAUGGGAAGACAGUCAACCUCUGUGCAGAGAGUGCAGAUGACUGCCUGGCAUGGAAAAUUGCUCUCCAGGAUGCCAGAACAAACACAGGCUACAUGGGAUCUGAUGUGAUGUAUGAUGAGACAGCCAUUUCCUCAGCCCCUCCUCCCUACACAGCUUAUGCCACACCAUCACCUGAGGUUUAUGGCUACGGCUACGAUCAGUACAAUGGUGCAUAUCCCCCUGCUGGUCCUCAAGUCUACUAUGCCUCCAAUGGACAAGCUUAUGCUGUUCCCUAUCAGUAUCCAUACCAAGGACCUUAUGGCCAGCCCCCUGCAAACCACGUCAUCAUUCGUGAGCGUUACCGUGACAGUGAUGGAGAUCUUGCACUGGGCAUGCUUGCUGGAGCAGCAACUGGAAUGGCUCUGGGUUCAUUAUUCUGGGUUUUCUAGAUUACCCUUUCCUUAUCUUUGUAGUUCCAAAAAUCUUGAUUGUGUGCAAUAAUAUAUUGGCAAUGUUGUUUACUGUUAAACUUUAAGAAAUGCAAUAGUUAUUUUUCAGUAGUGACAUCUUAAUAACUGAUUCUUAACUGUCUUAAGGAGAGUUUAAAGGCACCCUUUAGUUAAAUGGUUGGAGAUGGUAUGUUCUGCUCUUGCAUUCAUUCUGAUAUUUGGAGUUGAAAGGAUUUAUACUGACAGGGAUCAAUGUAGGCAGCAAUGUAAAGUAGCAGUUACUAGCUUUAUGAACAGAUUGUUAUUGUAAACAUUGCAGAAAAACCCCUGCAUUUUCUGGGGGGUCUAAAAUCUAGUCCAAACAGGAGGUUUAUGGGAGUCCUGUGCUAUUAUGUAUGUACUACUGGCUUCUAAACAUUCCCUGGAUAAACCUACAGCUCAGCAGAAACUCCUUGGCAUUAUAUAGCCUACCAUGCUUGGGAAUUGUUUUGUUUUCAAACUUGCCUGCAGUGUGUUUUCUUAAAUGGAGUCCUAUACAUGUUUCACACCACCGAGAUGAAGUAUAAGCAAACCACUAAGAAGCAACAGCAUUCCUCAGUUCUUUUGUUCUCACAGAAAUGUGAAUGGCCAAGGAAGACCAAUGUUUGUUCCACCUCUCUCUUUAACCUGAAUAAUUUUUCUCUGCUCAGAUGGAAGUAAUGGAUUUUUAGCUUUGCAAGUGGUCUUUCUUGUCUGUAUAACGCUCACCUUGGACACUGUACCAACUGCAUUGUUGAGGAAGAGGCCAUUGUCUAGUGUCUCUGCUCAUUACUGCUAUUGCUCUGCAGAGUCUGCAGGAGGAGAACUAUCUUGAACAGCCCUUGUCCUGUUUGGCCUACCAGAGCCCCACUGCACACAGUAGUAGUCAGAAGGGAAGAGACAAACAGCACAAGUAGUCCCUGCACACAGGCACUUUGAUCUUAGCUGCCUUGCCAUAGCUAGGAUAGACUGUCUGCCUCUUAGCCCCCGAAGUUUACUGAACCAGUUUAAUUAUUUGCAACUAGUUUUGAGCACAGCUGAGCCUGGGUUUGUUCUGUGCACAUUUGCUCCCUCACAUUUGCUUCUUCUGCCUAUGACUUUUAAAAAAACACUCCAAAGUACCUCGCUGGUUUAGCCGGUGUGUCUAGCUCCUUGUACAGUGUGCUCCUGCAGGCUGCUGUGCUGUGGAUUGUAACCUGGAGUGCAACCAUUGCAUGUGUUGUGUGGACUGUUACCUUACCCUGUUAUAAUCCGUGCUGAGCUGAGCUUGGCAGGGGAAAGAAAGCUCUGAAGAAAUGCAUGUGCUUUUUUAUUCAGGUAAAAGAGGCAGGGUGCCUGAGUUCUUUAUAGUAAGAGGACUUAUUUUUAUACUCCACUUUCAGCUUCCUGCAUUGAUACUGUUCUAAUAUGUUAAGGCUUUGUUACGCUUUCAUUCAGAAGUAGGUUAAUUUCCUUAAGGUUCCUGUAUGUCAGGAGAGAUGAAAAUACAUGAGAACUUGCACCCAUAUGAAUUUAGAUCAAGCCUCAAUCCUUUUCAUUUCAUCUUAAAGUUCUCUUGGCUCUAUCCAACAUAUUUCAGCAAUAGAGGUCUUGAACAAGAGUUUGGGUAGCAUCCAGGGGAAGUACUAAGAUUUUCUGAGUCUUAGGACCAACAAACUGAAAUCAACAGAAGUAAACAGAUGGAUAUAAUCUUGGUUGCAUUACUAAGACUGGACCUAAUCUGUGGAAUGUAAACUUCUUUCAAGAAACUUUGUUUUGCAGCAGUACACCAACGUGCAUGCAUGUCCUUUCACUGAUUAAUAAAGGCUGUGUUCUGCCAGUGGUACAUACUGAAAGGACUUGCUGGAUGUUCAAAAGAGGACUAAAGCGAAAGUUUCCUAUUGCUAGUCCAAACCAAAGCAAAUUGGAGUAAACUACUAAAGUUCUCUUAGAGGUCAGAAGGAGACUGGAACUUAAGUGAACAAAUAUUUUUACCCUUUUUGAGCCUUUAGAUAACCUGGAAGCUAAUUACAGGCCUACACUGCUGUUCAGUUUGUGCUUUGCAGUAUAGUUAAGUCUGCAGAAUGUCUCCAUCUCCUCUGUGUGACAUUUAGAUUAAGUGGGGGGGGAACAAAACAAUUGAAUGGCACUGUGAUUUCUGUUGAAUUUCAUGAUGAUUGUGAAAGAAUAGCACAAAGUGAAUCAGCUAGUAAUUUAUUUUAAGUUCAGUGAUUUAUUGUGUAAGCUUUUUGUUUGUGGUUUUUUUGUGGGUUUUUUGUUUGUUUUGGGUUUUUUGGGGAGUUUUUUUUGCAAGUGGUUUCGAUCAAGCAAGGGAGUAUGUCUGUUGCACUUUCAGGAGAUAACUGCAUCUAGAUCCCCAGUGACUUCAAGUAAAGUACGUAAGAUAAAGAGUGUUGAUGCAAAACAUUCCUGGCUUGAAUUUAAAGGAAGAAAUGAUAUCUUAAAAGUUCAGAUUGUAAGUGUCCAUUAAAUAAAUAAAUAAAGACCUUACCCCAUCCCAAGGGGACAAAAACCUUUAAAAGCUGAAGAUUCUAGUUCCAUUUUAGUAACAUGAGGCUGCGUUUAUAUAAAAACAAAACUAAUGAGCUACUUUUCAGUCCCACUAGCAUAGGCAGUGAGAAAGUAGAACGUGAGAGCAGUUAUCUUACUGCAAGUACUUCAAGCAUUUCUGAUCUCACUGCAAGAAAU